AUGGAGAAACUAAAUAUUGGUACUCCGGAAUUAAGUGUCGUAGCUAGUGAAAACUCCACUUCUAAUGUCACUAAUGGUGAAGUUGUUCCUGUUAAAUCGGCAAUUAACGGUGAACCAAUUGCGCAAAGCAGUUCUGACGCAAAGAAAAUCGGUACUGUUAACGCAAAAGAUGAAAUUGUGGUUAAUGCCGUUCAAGCUUCUGUCACAAAUCAACAAGUCACUCAACCUACGUCUCAGCCACAAGGACCCAUGGCUUGGGCUUCAGCCAUCCUCAAAAGUGGUCGUAAUACUCAAGUUGAGUCCAGACCUCAAAGUGUUCCUGGACCAAGGGGAAAUAAUCGCCGUAAUAGUGGGGUCACUCAAAAAUUGAACUAUGACCAAUUGAGAUCUUCACUCGGCACCUUUGGUCAUAUUAAAUAUCUUGAUGUUAUUUACAAUAAAUCUUGUGCAUUCGUCGAAUUUGUUGAAGAAAAAUCUUAUAAAGAAUGUCUUAAUUGUCACACUCUUUUAGUUUCUAAUCAUUGUUUAACCUUCGUAGAGCGCCGCCCUUCUCGCAAGUCAGGAAGAGAAGAAAAAGAUUAA